AUGUGCGGUAUCUUUUGUUCUGUCAGUGCUGCAGGACAUAUAGUACCUUCAGCAAGGCAUCGCGACCUUCUACAAAGACGAGGCCCUGACUCGUUCAAGGAGUUGAAACAGCAAUCUGGAAAUGUCUACCUGACUUGUUUCAGCACAGUCCUCGCUCUCAGAGGUGACCAUACUGUUAUCCAACCUGUACAGCAUUCGGACUAUCCUGACUCUUUCCUCUGUUGGAAUGGCGAAGCUUGGAAGUACGAUAGUACUCCUAUCUUUGGCAAUGAUUCAGAAAUCGUCUUUGCUUCGGUAUCUCGUUUGUUUGCCAACUGUGCAGUCUCAUCUUCUCCGAGCAGUAUUAUGCAGGAUGCUCUGAGUCACAUCACUGGUCCCUAUGCUUUUGCAUACUUUGACUCAAAGUCGGACACUCUGUUCUUUGGUAGGGAUCCUCUUGGCCGUCGUUCUUUGAUGUACCGCGUCGACGAGAACGGCAGCUUCACCCUGUCUACCAUCUCUGAUUCAACAGAAAAGGGAUGGGAGGAAGUCGAAGCUGAUGGCAUAUAUUCGUUGAAUCUCAGGUCUUUCCAUGAGUCUAUGCAACAGAAGGAGUCUUCCAAGCCAACAUGCAUUCCCUAUCUCCACUCUCCCAAUACUGUUGUAUCCUCAGCGUCAACCCAUGAUACAUCAGCAUCUCAUCUCAGUACUUCAUCUCCUUCUGUUCUCAAGAUAGAAGACUUGCUGCGUAGAUCUUUGGAUUUGCGCAUCUCGAACAUCCCUUCUCAUUCGCAGGCCGUCUCAUCGCAGAUACCAGCCAGUCUCGCUGUGCUAUUUUCAGGUGGUCUUGACUGCACCCUCCUGGCCCGACUAUCUCAUGACACGUUGGAUCCUUCACAGCCGAUCGACCUGUUGAACGUCGCCUUUGAGAAUCCGCGAGUACAUCGUCGACCAGCGAAUGCAGACUCUGACGAGCCUUGGUCGCCCUUCGAGCUUUGCCCUGACCGCAUUACUGGAAGAGCUUCCUUCGCCGAGCUUCAAACGACAUGUCCAAGCCGAACUUGGAGAUUCGUCGCCAUCAAUGUCCCAUACCAAGAGUUCCUCACUCACAGAACCGAAGUCAUCAGCUUGAUAUAUCCUCACAAUACCGAGAUGGAUCUGAGCAUUGCUUCUGCUUUAUACUUUGCUUCCAGAGGACAAGGGGUAGUUCUCUCGGAAAGCCAGGAAGCAACCUCGUACACUUCUGAAGCACGUGUGCUGCUCUCUGGCUUAGGUGCCGAUGAGCUUUUCGGUGGCUACACCCGACAUGAUACCGCUUUCCGCCGUCAUGGAUUUACUGGACUCCUGGAAGAGCUUAAUCUGGAUGUUGAGAGAUUGGGAAAGCGUAAUCUUGGUCGCGAUGAUCGCGUUCUUUCCAAUUGGGCAAGGGAGACCCGAUUUCCCUUUCUGGACGAAGACCUUGUUUCGUGGGCAGUCAAUGCUCCUGUUUGGGAAAGGUGCGGGUUCGGAGAGGACCAGACUACUCUCGACAGCGAGACUGGUACGCUGGAGCCUGCGAAAAAGGUGCUCCGUUGUCUGGCAUGGAAACUUGGCAUGAAGAAUGUUGCGGCAGAGAAGAAGCGUGCAAUUCAAUUCGGCGCUCGUACAGCCAAAAUGGAAGUCGGUAAAUCGAAAGGAACACACACUAUCGCAUAA